GAGAUAUAACCGAUCGCUAGUUGCGCGCUCGGUUAUAGCGCUCGAGACCACGUCUACGAGGGCGAGAACUUGGCCGAUUUUUCUCUGACGUCGAUCACGCGCGCGCUCAUCCGAUCGAUCAGCUUUUCGAUCGGUGCGGAUAUCGACUUGACAUUGUCACACACGCGCACGCGAUCGACGUCCAAGAGUUUACCCGCGUUGGCUUCGAACAGCGAACAUGGCCGUUGCGGUUUUGAUCAUCUCUCUCACGAUUGCCUUGAGCAAUGCAGCCUCGAUCAGAUAUAUCACCGAUACCACCUCCUCGGGACCGAGAGAUCUCUGUGAUAGCAAAGUUUAUUGUGAAGGACCACUAUUGAAGACGGUACAACUUUCUGGGAUUUUUAACGACAGCAAAACCUUCGUGGAUCUUUACCAACUUCAUGAUCCGAAUGUAACUCUUGACAACUUUAAUGCUUUCAUGAAGGCUACCAACAAUUCACCUAAUCGCACCGCGGUAGCCGUAUUUGUCAAAGAGAACUUUGCUAUGCAAGAUGAGUUGGAGAACGCCACGUUGUCGGAUUGGAAGGAAAAUCCCGCCAUUCUGAAAACCAUUCAGGAUCCUGGGUUUCGCGAGUGGGCAAAAAAUUUGAAUAAUAUUUGGAAGAAUUUAGCGAGAAAAAUAAAAACUGACGUGGUCAUCAAUCCUCAACGGCACAGCUUGAUUUACGUGAAUAACACAUUUAUUAUUCCUGGAGGGCGAUUUAAAGAGUUUUAUUAUUGGGAUAGUUAUUGGAUAAUCGAAGGUCUGUUACUGUGUGAGAUGCACGAAACCGUUAAGGGAAUGAUCGAGAACUUCCUCUCCAUGGUGGAGAGAUACGGUUUCAUUCCGAACGGCGGCAGAGUUUACUACCUUUCGCGAAGUCAACCGCCCUUAUUAAUACCAAUGGUCGCGAAGUACUAUGAAUUUACGAAUGAUAUCGACUUUGUGAGGAAAAAUAUAGCGACUCUCGAGAAGGAGUUUGAUUACUGGCACAACAACAAGACGAUAAAUGUAAUAAAAAAUGGCAAAACUUACAAAAUGGCGCGUUAUGUGGCAAACAGUAAUGGGCCUCGUCCAGAAAGUUACAAGGAAGAUUAUCGGUUGGCGCAGCAACUGCCGGAGCAGAAACAAGAACCGCUUUACAACGAUUUGAAAGCAGCGGCGGAGAGCGGUUGGGACUUCUCUUAUAGAUGGUGCAUAAAAAGCAACAAAAACGCCAGUCUUAGUCUCCUCAACGUUUCCACAAGCGAUAUCAUACCCGUCGAACUGAACGCGAUAUUGCAGCAAAACUCUGAGAUACUUGCCAACUUUCACGCGAUUCUAGGUAACAAAGAGAAAGUCCGACGUUAUAUCAAGAUAGCCCAGGAGUAUCAAGCUGCCAUCGAUAACGUUCUGUGGAACGACAAAGAGGGAAUCUGGCUUGAUUAUGACACAAAAAACGAACAGUCUAGAAACUCGUUUUAUCCUUCAAAUUUGUCACCUCUGUACACGGGAAGCUACAAUAACAACAAGAGGAGUUAUUACGCGCAGGCAGCUAUUCGUUAUAUUCACGUGAACAAAAUCGACUUGUUUUACGGUGGCACGCCAACCUCGGUCAACUACACCGGCGAACAAUGGGACUAUCCUAACGCGUGGCCACCGUUGCAGUCGUUCGUGAUAGUCGGCCUCUACAGAACCAAUGUGCUAGCAGCGAGAGAGCUGGCUCGAUCGUUAGCUACCAGAUGGCUCAGAUCGAAUUACAUUGGUUACGAUGAGUACGGAAAGAUGUUCGAGAAGUACAACGCUUUACAUCCCGGUGAGAGUGGCGGUGGUGGCGAAUACAACGUUCAAGAAGGUUUCGGCUGGACGAAUGGUAUCGUUUUCGAGCUUCUCAGUUUCUUCCCCGAUGUGCAAUCUUUCAGCGAACAUAAUGAUGAUGAUAAUAAUAUUUAUUCUAGAUAAUGUAUGUGAACAAACAUAUCUAGCUAAUUGAUUACGAACGGACGUGAAAACUGAUAUACGUUAAAAUGAUUUUAACUCAAACUUGAAUCUUUUCUGUUUUUGUUAAAAAUAUUUGUUAUCUCGAUACGACGCGGUAUAUAUUUGCAUAUAUGUGUCUUUCAUAUUCAAAUCGUGAAUAUAUAUAUAUAUAUGUACAUUUUUACGGUAUUAAAAACUAAAUUUUCCUACUAUGUCAAUAUUGAUUUUUACUUUGCAAACAUCUAUCGACAAUUUUUUAUGAACUAACUGGAUAAAAAUAAUCUGCGCAAAAAUCAAUUGUGAAUUCGAAUUGUGAAAAUCGAACAUUAUUUCGAAUUGACAAGUUUGGCUGAAACUUUUCUUUUUGAUCAAACUUUUGUUUUUAAAUAUAUAUAAUGAUAGUUUACAUUAUUAUAAAUUAAAAAAACUUAUCUGAAUGACGACGUUUAAAAACACGGAAACGUAUCAUAAUAUAUGUAUAUAUACAUAUAAAGAGACACACAUAUAUGUAUAUUGCAAAAUACAAUACAGUUAAAGAAAGAGAGAGAGAGAGAGAGAAAAAAAAAUAAGUUAAAUUUUGUAACGAAUCUAGUCCACAAGAAAACAUCAGGGCAGCGUAAAUAUUCACUGUAUAUUCUCGAUUUAAGUACGUGAUGUCAUAGGAAUCAGA